UGAUUAACUAUCGCUCAAAACUAGUUUUCUGUUCUUUAAUGUCAUAAACCUUAUGGCUUACCAUUACAAUCAAAAAAAAGAGGCUUUUCAUUUACCUAGAACUGAAAGUAGCCCUUAUUUCCCUCAAGUUAUAUAUACCCCUGGAACUGUCGCUUCAGCUUCUAAACACCAAGCUUUAUGGAAAGCACAAAGUUCCCUUUGUUCACCAAACGAAGCUAUAGAUUGUGAUAGGGACACUUUCAGUCAUAAUGCUUCCCACGUUUCACCGUUAAGGCAACCUUCAACUACUUCUAAGAGAAUCCCUUUUUCUGGAAAGAUACCCACCGAUUCUAUUAUGGAUGCUGCCCCUCAUGACACGUUAGGCUCUUAUAACGGUUGUGUGUUAGCCGACUUCGGUUUUCCUGAACCUUUAAGCUUGGUAUCUACCGAGCAAGAUUUAAAUCUUACAGCUUAUACUGAGCAUAAGUUAAGGACGACGGAAGAGGAAAGUGAUGCACUUAAAACAGUUACAAUAUAUGGCUUUUCUUUGGAACAUGUGUCUCGGGUUUUAAAGUAUUUUGAUCAGUAUGGUACCAUAACAGAUCAUUGGCUAGGACCUGAUGGAGCAAACUGGAUUCAUGUCAAGUUUUCUUCUGCCUCUGAAGCGCAGUUGGCCUUGAGUAAGCACGGCAACGUGAUUGGAAAUAUAAUGAUUGGGGUCACGCUCUAUCAGAAGAAAAAUGAUACUACUCAAAAGUUAAGAUUCACGACAGCUUCUCGCCCUUCUGUUGUCAGUACUGUAAAAGAGCGUCAUAUAGUUAAUCCCCUUAAAAAUUCUCUCAAAGGAAGGCAGAUGCCUUUGUAUUCUUUUCUCGACGCGCUUGUGAGCUUUUUUGUGUCGUAGCAUUUUCAUGUUUGGUG